GGUGAGCGCGGGGCAGGCCGGGAAUGCGAGUCGGGAUUGGCCGGCGCGCGCCCCCUUUCCAGCGUGCCGGGCAGCAGGAAGCGGCGGCGGCGAAGCGGGAAGCGGCGCGGUGAGGAGCUGUUCCCGAUCAGGUCUUUUGCCAUGGAAGCCGAGGAAACGAUGGAAUGUAUCCAGGAAUUCCCUGAACACUAUAAAGUUAUUUUGGAUCGACUGAAUGAACAACGUGAGCAGGACCAGUUUACAGAUAUCACCCUGAUUGUUGAUGGUCAUCAUUUCAAAGCUCAUAAAGCUGUUCUUGCUGCCUGUAGCCAGUUCUUCCACAAAUUCUUCCAAGAUUUCACUCAAGAGCCUUUGGUGGAGAUUGAAGGUGUAAGUAACAUGGCAUUUCGUCACCUAAUUGAGUUCACUUACACAGCAAAACUUAUGGUCCAAGGUGAGGAAGAAGCAAAUGAUGUUUGGAAAGCAGCUGAGUAUUUACAGAUGCUAGAAGCAAUCAAAGCACUUGAAAUCAGGAACAAAGAAAAUUCAUCACUCUUAGAAUCAAAUGAAGCGCAAGGUAAAAAUAAACCAAAAAAGAGGAAGAUUGCUGAAACCUCUAAUGUUAUCACAGAAACACUGCCAUCUGCAGAAUCAGAGCCUGUUGAAAUUGAGGUUGAGAUUGCUGAAGGGGCGAUGAAAGUGGAAGACAGCAUUGAAACACUUGAAGAAGUAGCUUCUGCAGAGCAGUCCAUAAAGUACAUACAGACAACAGGUACAUCAGAUGAAUCUGCUUUGGCUCUUUUGGCAGACAUCACCAGCAAGUAUCGUCAGGGAGAGAGAAAAUGCCAGAUCCAAGAAGAAGGUGAUAGUGCAACUGAUCCCUCGUGCAAACAGGAACACAUGAAAACACACUCUACUGAGAAUUACAAGUGUGACAUAUGCAAUAAAAGAUACCUACGAGAGAGUGCUUUGAAACAGCACCUCACCUGUUACCACCUUGAUGAAGGUGGUGCCAGCAAGAAGCAAAGACCUGGCAAGAAAAUACAUGUAUGCCAGUACUGUGAUAAGCAGUUUGACCACUUUGGACAUUUCAAAGAGCACCUGCGGAAGCACACAGGUGAAAAACCAUUUGAAUGUCCAAACUGCCAUGAACGUUUUGCUAGGAAUAGCACACUCAAAUGUCACCUGACAGCCUGUCAGUCUGGAGCUGGAGCCAAAAAGGGAAGAAAGAAGCUCUACGAGUGUCAGGUUUGUAACAGUGUGUUUAACAGCUGGGAUCAGUUUAAAAAUCAUUUGGUAAUACAUACCGGUGACAAACCCAACCACUGUACCUUAUGUGAUUUGUGGUUUAUGCAAGGCAGUGAGCUGAGAAGGCAUCUCAAAGACAUGCACAAUAUUUCAGAACAAAUAGUGACAGAAGAAGUUCUUCCAGUGGAAGCUAUGGAAGCUGAACCAGUAACAUCAAUGACUAUAAUAGAACAAGUUGAGCAAGUCCAUGUCCUACCAGUAAUUCAGGUACAAGUGGAUCCUGCACAGGUAACUGUGGAACAGAUGCACCAGGAUCUCAUACAGGACAAUCAAGUGAAAGGCACACAGAUGGAGGAACUGCAAGAACAGGUGCAAAUUAGUUACUUGGAAAUUGAACACAUUCAGACUGAACAAAAUGCUGCAGUUCACAUGGAGCAGUUACACGUUGGGCAUGUAAAUCAAAUACAGAUGGAAGAAGUACAGGCAGAACUUAUAGAUGGAACAGACCUUGAACAAGUAGAAUAUGAAGGUGUUGAUCAAGGAGAAGCAGAAGAAAAUAAAACUAGUCAAGUAGAUGAUACAGAUAUGGAAAAUCAUGAACAAGCUGAAGACUUAAAAACUCAACAAUUAGUGGAAACACAGAAUGAAAAGGUGUAUGACUAGGACAAAUAAUGACACUGCAGGUUUAGGAAUGAAAUACAAAAUUAUUUUUGUUAACUUUUACAUUGGUUUUUGAACUGUCAUUGGUCACCUUUCCAAUAUGCUGUCCUUAGGAAGCUGGACCAAGUGGACCAGUUUUCUUCAUAUACAACUACACUUCUCUCAUAUGUGAAAAAUAACUUUCCCAUUCAUGUAAUGCCAUGGAACAGAAACUACCAAAGACACGGACAGCUUUGUGAGGUUUUUAGCAAUGAAUAGCCUGUGUCACAUCAUCCCUGGAUAUAUGUAAGAGUAAUUUCACCUCUUUUCC